AUGUCUGUAUCCACAGAGAAGUUCCUGGUGAUUGGUCCCAAGGACCCCAUUGUGGCAGUGCUGGGUGAGGCUAUCACACUGCCCUGCUCCCUGUCUCCUGCCAUGAAUGCGGAGAGCAUGGAGCUGCGGUGGUUCCGGUCGGUCUUCUCAGAAGUGGUGUUCAUGUAUCAGAACCAGCGGGAGCAGAAGGAGAAGCAGAUGUUACAGUACAAAGGGCGGACUUCACUGGUGAAAGACUUCCUCACUCAGGGGGCAGCUGCUGUACGCAUCGACAAGGUUCGGGUUUCUGAUGAUGGGCCGUACACCUGCUUCUUCAGGAAUGGAGAUUUCUAUGAAGAUGCCCCUUUGGUGGUGAAGGUGGCAGGUGUGGGAUCUGACCCUCAAGUGUACAUUGAAGGACCAGAGGAAGAUGGAAUCCGCAUGGUGUGCAUGGCUUCUGGGUGGUUUCCGAAGCCCCUGGUUCAGUGGAAAGGCCCGAGUAGAGAGAAGUUCCUGGCUUUCUCUGAGUCCUAUGCUCAAGAUGCUGAGGGAUUGUUUAGUGUGGAGGCCUCGCUGGUGGUGAGAGACAGCUCUGUAAGGAACGUGACCUGCUCCAUCUUUAACCCCAUCCUGGACCAGGAGAAGGUGAAGGCGAUUUUCAUCCCAGAGCCCUUUUUCCCUCAGGCUUCUUUUCCUUGGAUGCCAGUUUUUGUGGUGAGCCUGACCAUGCUGAUGCUCCUCAGCUUAGGGGCUGGCUAUUUUCUCAAGAAAGAACAUUCAGCAAAGGUGCAGGAGUGGAAGAAUCAGGAGAAUCUUCAGCAGGAAAAGAGGAAGGACAAGAAGGACUCGGAGUUGGCCAUGAAGGAGUGGAAUGCAGGCAGAACAGGAGUUUUUGAGGUUAUUGAGGAACAGAACAGCAUCUGUCUCCCUCUGCAUAGUCAGGGGGAGGGGAUUCAUGGUGAGUAUGACUGUAGUCUCACUAGGGUGUGUUCCCUUUCAGCCUGGAGAAAGGUCCAGCUGUAUGCAGACUGGCGGAAGGAGCAAUUCCAGACUUGGUCUGUCACUCUGGAUCCACAGUCUGCCCAUCCUGACCUUGCCCUCUCUCAGGAAAACAUGAGUGUGACCUGGAAGGACAACUGUGAGAACCUGAAUGAUGACAGAUGCCUUGUGUUGGGCACCAAGGGCAUCACGUCAGGGCGAUGUUACUGGAAAGUGAAAGUCAGAGAUGGAGUCACAAGCAGCUGGGCUGUGGGGGUUUGUAGGGAAGAUGUGUAUAGGGGUGGGUGCCUCAGACUGUGCCCAGAAAAGGGGUUUUGGGUUGUGGGACAUUUUAUAGGUGGAUUUUGUGCCUGUGCUACCCCUGAUACAAGCCUAACUCUUAGACAAUUUCCCUGCCAGGUGGGGGUUUUCCUGGACUAUGAUGGUGGGGAUGUCUCCUUCUACAACAUGACUGAUGGGUCUCAUAUUUUCUCAUUCUCUCAGAUUUCCUUCUCUGGGACCCUCUUUCCAUAUCUAAUGAUUUAUUCAGGAACCCCAUCCCUCACUAUCUGUUCCAUGGAAGGUGGGCCCAAGGGUACACCUGUGCUUCUUAACACAUUUCCAUCUUCUUUGGAUGAGUCCAUGAGCCCUCCAGAGGAGGGGUUCAGAUCUGGCUCAGGUGGUGAUGGUGUUCUCCCAGGGGUUGAAUCUCCAUUACUCCCCUCUGGCCCCAGGGCUGUGUCCCCAUAA